AUGGGUAAACAUGGUAAAUAUAUCAAGCAUUAUCGUGAUGAAUGGGAAAAACUGCCAGCAUUUAAAAAUUGGCUUAAUCGAGCACCUGUUGUACUGACGGAUAGUGGUAAAGGUGAGGCAUUUUGUAAAUUAUGUAUCACACCACUCCGUGCGCACAAAACGGAUUUAGAAAAGCACAUGAAAACUAAAACACAUAAAGACAAAGAAUUAAGUUUUUCUAAAAAGCAACCCAAGCUUGCAUCGUUUGGUUACUCCUCAAUUAGUAACAGUUCAUCAAAAGAAAAAAUAAUAGACAUACAAAUAUCUGCCUAUGUCGCCGCUCACAGCUCCAUACGCAGCAUUGAUCAUCUGACAGAUGUGUUAAAAACCUGUGGGACAGGGAGUCCUCUUGAAAACAUUCAAUUACAUAGAUCAAAGUGUUCGGCCAUUAUAAAAAAUGUUCUAGAACCAGCCAUGCUCAAGGAACUUUUAGAAGAAGUUGGUAACCAGAGCUACUCUAUUAUACUGGAUGAAUCCACUGACGUAACAACAGAAAAGUACAUGGCAUAUUGCAUCCGAUACUAUAAUUCAAAACUAGAAAAAAUAGUUGUUGAUUUUUUAGGCUUCCAAGAAAUUCUUUUACUUUCCAUUGCAAGACGUGUUUUCAAACCAAUAUUUCUCAGAAGUCAAAGUCUGUCUGAGAAUGCCUCUGUAUCAAUGCUCCAUGAAGCAGAUAUUGCAGCUGUUAGGCGAGCUUUAGAAAAAGCCGGAGCUCCAUUUGAAAAUUCACUGCUUCCACUCGACUCAAUUGACUUUGGAGAAAAUUUCAAUGAUUUACUUGCAAAAAAGACUGUUUCUGCCGACAAAGCCAAAGAAGUGAAGCAACGAUGUUCUGCUUUUCUUGUACGCUUAGUAAGAGAAUUAGUUGACAGGUUACCGCUUAAUGUGUCGGUGGUGGAAAAAAUUGAACUUUUUGCACCAAGCCGCGUAUGUCUCUCAACCGGCAAACCCAACAUUAAAGAUUUUCCCUGGCAGCCAUGGCUCGAUAAACUAAGGGUUUUGUGGCUGUCGUUUUUGGUGCCAGUGAAUUCCGAACUUCUUGGUCUUUCAAAAGAUCAGUUAGUGAAUAAACGUGUGUGCCAAAAACACUUCGACAAAUGCCAACUGGAUGAUAAGGGUAAUCGUCUCAAAGAUGGUUAUCCAUGCCUGUUUUAUACCGAAGAAGUCGAGCAUGGGGUUCCUUUAACUGAUGGAACUAUUGAGAUAUCAGGACAACAUGCAACAACCAGUGGAAUGCUUAAAUACACUGCAUUGUUCAAAACUACAACCUCGGGUGAAAAUGACAAUAUCAGGCUCUCGAAGAUAUUUUACACCACUAAAAGCCGGCUGCCAAGGUCUACAGCAAAGAUAACCCUAGUCAGUGCCGGUGUUGGCGUCCUUAUUGGGGCUGGUUAUGGAGGUUAUACACAUUAUAAAAUAAACUCUAAGAAAAAUGUAACGCUCACCGAAACUGAAGAAUACGCUUUUUUUAAGGAAGCCCCAAAAUAUCAGGCGCACUAUAAAAUAGUAAAUGAAUCUGAUACAACUAAUUUGAAAUUAGUUUUAUUCCAAUAUCAAACAUGUCCAUUCUGUUGUAAAGUACGGGCAUAUCUUGAUGCAAAAGGCAUCAGCUAUGAAAUUGUUGAAGUAGAUGCAGUCCUUCGACAGGCUAUAAAAUGGUCUGAUUAUAAGAAAGUACCUAUAUUGCUUGCAAAAGUUGAUGGAGGCUACCAGCAACUAUUUGACAGUACGGCAAUAAUAUCUAUGCUGGAGACCUUUUUACGAGAUAAAACCUUGCAGUUACAUGACAUAAUAAAAUUUUAUCCUGUUACAAAAUAUAUAAAUGAAGAUGGCAAAAACACAACAGACAUUACAAAUAAAUACUUUAUUAUGCAUAAUUCUACCAUUGUCAAUGAGAAAGAAAAAAAUGCUGAGAAUGAGGAGCGUGAAUGGCGACAGUGGGCGGAUCGAGUUUUAGUUCAUACCCUGUCACCCAAUGUGUACCGAACUGCUGGUGAAGCUCUGGAAACUUUUAAGUGGUUUGAGGAAGUAGGCGCUUGGAGGCAGUCCUUCCCAAGCUGGGAGUGUAUCUUGAUGGUAUAUGGAGGCGCCGCUGCUAUGUGGAUUAUAGCCAAAAGACUUAAGGCCAGGCAUCAUAUAAAGGAUGAUGUCAGACAAUCAUUGUAUGAUGCGGCUUACACCUGGAUGGAUGCUGUGAAAAAGAAAGGUACACGUUUCUUCGGCGGGGAACAGCCUAAUCUAGCUGAUAUUACUGUAUAUGGUGUAUUGAGCAGUAUCGAGGGUUGCCAAGCUUUCAAGGACCUCAGAAAUAACACUAAUAUUGGAUUAUGGUACGACGAGAUGAGGAAAAACAUGGAAAGUAAGAGAGGUAGAGUCCUGGCCAUUAAUGCUUAA